UUAUUGGUUUAUCAAUGAAAAUUGGCAUUUGAUAACAUUUAUGAACAAGUUUAGAGUGAAAUUUUAAUUGAUCUCAAUAUAUUCCAUAUAUUUUGUUUGUAUAUUGUGGCUUAAAGUUUGUAACCGGAAGAUAACAGAAUGAUUUCUUCAAUUUGUAAAAGCGCAGCUCUGGCGAGGAGGAUGUCUACCGGUGCUAAGCCCAAGACUGCCAUAGUCAUGUUGAAUAUGGGCGGCCCGGAGACCACGGACCAGGUCGGUGGCUACCUCCUCCGCAUCAUGACAGACCGGGACAUGAUCCAGCUACCGGUGCAGAGCAGGCUGGGGCCCUGGAUAGCCAAGAGACGGACGGAGGAGGUUCAGAAGAAGUACAACGAGAUUGGGGGCGGCUCGCCUAUACUCAAGUGGACUAACACACAAGGUGAGCUGCUCACGAAGAAACUGGACCAGUUAUCUCCAGAAACAGCGCCGCAUAAGCACUACGUGGCGUUCAGAUACGUGCCUCCAUUCACCGCCGACACCUUUAGCCAGCUGGAAAAGGAUGGUGUAGAACGCGCAGUAAUAUUCUCGCAGUACCCUCAAUACAGCUGUGCUACCACAGGAUCUAGUUUAAACGCCAUAGCAGACUUCUACAGAGACAGAUCGGUCCCUAAAAACAUAGAGUUCAGUAUGAUAGAGCGCUGGGCCACCCACCCGCUGCUCGCCGAAGUGUUCGCGGAGAGGAUCAGAGAGAAACUGGCCAAGUUCAACGAGAGGCUGCGGGACGAUGUGCUCAUACUGUUCACUGCACACAGUCUGCCUUUAAAGGCGGUAUCACGCGGCGACACGUACCCCCACGAAGUGGCCGCGACGGUGGCGCUCACCAUGGCCAAGCUGGGAGUCCCCAACCCGCACCGGCUCGUCUGGCAGUCCAAGGUGGGCCCGCUGCCCUGGCUCGAGCCCUACACUGAUGACGCCAUCAAGGCUUAUUGCAAGCAGGGCAAGAAGCACCUCAUCCUAGUACCCAUAGCGUUUGUGAACGAGCACAUAGAAACGCUGCACGAGUUGGAUAUCGAGUACUGCGACGAGUUAGCCAAAGAGGCAGGCGUGAUUCAGAUAGAGCGAGCGAGCGCACCCAACGACCACCCGACCUUCAUAUCGGCUCUGGCGGACGUGGUGACGUCACACAUGAAAUCUGGCCCUAGGGUCUCUAAGCAGUUCCUGAACAGGUGUCCCCACUGUGUGAGCAAGAGAUGCGAGAUGUCCAAGAAAUUCUUCGCACAACUAGUCGGCUCUGAAAUAGAUAAGCCUUUCUUGACUGCAUAAAUAAAUUAAUAAAAUAAGUUACCACACACGAAGAAACUAUGUAUACCUAUUAGAGAUGCACCGGAUAUCCGGUUACUAUCCGGUAUCCGGCCUAUCCGGCCAUUCCUUUACUAUCCGG